AUGCUGAUAUAUCUCUUUCUCGCAUAUAUUGCAAAAUGCGCAUUCGGAUUAGUAUCUGUCGAUGUUUCCAAUAUUAGAAUUAAUUUUGGACAAUCAAUUAGCAAUUUUUUACCGAAUUGUAGAGGGGUUGAUAUUGAUUUCACAGUACAGCUCACAUCAUCAAAGAUUUUGUUGCAAUAUCAUCAUUAUUAUCACUACGAUGUUCUGCUUAUAUUCACCCGUACACGGAUUCGUUUCUAUUAUUCGCGCAAGAUAUUAGUCAACCAGAUCAAAACAACAUUCAAGUCAAUAUCAAUUCAAUUUCAACGGUUACCAUGUGAAGAUUGCUCUUACUUUGAUACUUACAUUUCUACAACUCCAGCUAAUUGUAGUGAGGGUCGAGAAGGAUUAGAUAAUUAUAAUUAUGAAGAGAGAAGUAUAGACGACUAUCCAACUUCAAAACCAAGAAGAGAAGCCCGAGUGUAA